CGACACACUCGAUUCUCUCAGAAGCGCCGACUGGGCCAUGGCUUUAAAUUCACAAUUGUACGACAAUAUCUUUGAGAGGAUUCGAGCACCUCUCGCCGAAGCCGUCGAUGAUGCGCUAUCUUCCUUACACCAAAACAGCGGGACCCCACUGCUUCGCCUCGAGGCAUGUCUUGAUCAUGACCACAGUGAGGCUGCACAAGGUGCGCAAAAGGAGGCUAAGCGAACCACGCUUGCAACAAUCGAGCUUUCCUCCUUCCGGAGAAGGGGAGGCAGCGUGGAAGGUGGAACAGAUGUAGAACAGAACCACAGCGAUCAAGAAACCCAACAUCAACGGCGACUCUCUAACGAUAGCCGCCUCCUACAAAAUUCCUAUCGUCUCAAGCGGCGCAAAGUUGUCGGAGGCUUACGGUUGGCCCGUCCUGCACCUCCUACUCGAGUUGCCUCGCCCGAAAGGGAGACAUCACGACGCUUGACUAGUAACUUCCGCCACUUUCCUAAACGAAAUGCUCAAACAAUCAUUUACAACCAGGAAAUGUCCCAUUUCGAACGCCUCAUCGUGGGUAUUUGGGAACAGAUCCACGGUACCCCUGAAUUAAAUCCGUCAGACUCGUCUCGCCACCCGAAUGAUGAACUGGUGUCUUUCGCGGAAGAACGUGGAACAAACCAUGUCCUGCGAUCGCACUCAACCCCAGAGGAUGAUGGCGCGGAUAUCUUGGCCUUCCGAUGA